AUGGGCCGGGCUGGCCCGCAGCACGGGGAUCAGAGAUCCGCCGACGCAGCUCUGGAGUUGGCGCCCGCGGUGGACCUGUCGGACGACGAGGGAGGACGACUGGUGGCGACGCACUCGCAGGCCGGGAGCCUCGCGGGCAGCACGGCGGCCUCGGCGAGCAGCGGGGCCUCCGCCUCGCACUUCCGCCAGGGCGGUUGCCUGCCUGGCGCGCUGCAGAAGCCGCAGGCGAAGCCCCAGGACAGACCACUCGCAGACGUUCCUGCGAAACGAGCAAAGUUGACAAGGUGGUCGCCAGCAGCUGCGACUGGGUCGACAUCGUGGCCUUGA